AUGGCCGUGGCCCAGCAACACGCUAUUCGUGCCCAUCCCCUACAAGCCGCUGCUGCUCACUACGCCCCCAGCUACCACAACAUGGCCGGCCAUGGCCCUCCCAGUCUCGCCCACUCACAAAGCCACACCUCCAGCAACUACUCCAUCAACACUCAGAGCUCAAAUCGAAGCAGCGACACCACCCAGGGCACCACCGCCAGCACCCUCUUCUCCUCCAACGCGAGCACCCUGAACGGAGCACCGCCGAUGCCGACGAACGCCUCCUUCACCAGCGUCAACGGCGCUGGACCGGCGCGCAGCAGCGACAUGGUCAUGCCUACCGACAACAUCAUGAACUCCGUCGCCGAUGCGAGUAGCUCGCUGUUUCAGAUAUGCGUGGCUUUGCGCCAACGCCUGACUGGAGUGCCUGGAUUCCAAGAAUACCUGGAGGAGGUGGAGGAAGAGGCCGACGAGGACACUGACCCCGUGACGCUUUUGUGGCGAACCUUUCGGCGUGGAUACCCCCUCAUGCUACUGUACAAUGCGCUGCGACCGCAGCAGCCUUUGAAUGCGCCCGCGGGAUUCAACGAGGAGAAAAAGGCGAAGGCGGCGACGUACAAGUUCAUUCAGGCGUGCAUUGCGGAUCUACACAUUCCACAGGAGGAACUCUUUAUCAUUACCGACUUGUAUGGUGACGAUACGACCGGCUUCGUCAAGGUCGCCAAGGUGGUCAAUCGAGUUCUGGACUAUCUGGUCGCACAAAAGAAGGUCGAAGAUGUGCGGCCCACCGCUUCCGACUUUAUGGAGGCUGAAAAGGGCAUGAAACGCACGCAACGACAGCAUAUCGUUUCUGAAUUGGUCAGGUCAGAGCGAACCUAUGUCCAACAUUUGGAGCUGUUACAGUCCUUCAAACAUCUGGUCGAGGAGAAAGGCGUCAUACCCGGCGAUGCGGUCCACGACAUCUUCCUGAACCUCAAUGCACUCCUGGACUUUCAACGGCGCUUCUUGAUCCGCGUGGAACAGACAAAUGCACAACAUGAAGACGAGCAGAACUGGGGAAAGCUGUUUCUCAUGUAUGCUGAAGCUUUCAAGGUAUACGAGCCGUACAUCGCCAAUCAGAAGAAGUGCGAGAGAACCGUCAUUGCCGAUUUCAACAAGCUCAAGGACGCCGGAGGGAGCAUUGAGAUGCGUCAAAUGGUGGAAUCACCCACCGCACUGCAUUCCUUCUUGAUGAAGCCGUUCCAGCGACUCACCAAAUAUCCCUUACUACUGGAGCAACUGUUGAAAAAGGGUGAUCUGGAUGAGGCCAGAAAGGAAGAUUUGGGGCAUGGCAUGCUUGCAGCUACGUCAAUCCUCACAGCAUCGAAUCAGGCAGUCGAUCGCGAGGAAAAGGCCGAAGCAGUCCAAGAACUGAAAAUGCGGGUCGAGGACUGGAAAGGUCAUCGCAUCGAAGGUUUUGGCGAGCUACUCCUUUACGGCACUUUCACAGUACUGAAGAGCGAAAACCUGGCUAACGGCAAGGAUGCCGAACGACAGUACCACGUGUAUUUGUUCGAGACGAUUCUGCUUUGCUGCAAGAACAUUGACAUCAACAAGCCGAAGAACAAGCUCUAUGCGAAGAAUCUUACUGAUCCCAAGGGAAAGCCCAAAUUGCAGCUUAAGGGGCGCAUCUUUAUGCAGAAUGUGACUGACCUUGUGUCUUUGGCCAAACCAGGCUCAUACACAUGUCAGAUUUUCUGGAAGGGCGACCCGAGUAUUGAGAACUUCAUCAUUAGAUUUACCACCGAGGAGAUGCUCAAGAAAUGGAACAGGCAGAUCGAACACCAGCGGAAGCGAUAUCGAGAACCGACCACACGCCUGAGGAACAGCGAUGGCAGCAGGAAUGGUGGAACGAGCGUGACCGAGUUCACCUACAUGCAGAACCAGCCGGCUCUUGAGAAUCCAUAUCAGGAAGACCUGAGCGAAGAUGAUGACGACGUGAGCACGUUGGCGAACAGUAUGACAGGAUGGUCAGAUUCCGGCGCAUAUCCGCACCACAGCUUCUCUCAGAGCCGAAAUGGUAGCUCGAGCUCUCUGCGAUCUCGAAGCACCACCGGCGAGAGCUCACAAACGGCAGCAAGUGCUUACAGCCGACCAGCGCCACCGCGACUGCCAUCGAACGUUUUGCCGAGUCCUGCUGCGCUUACACUACGGACAAGGGAACUGCAGCAAGCUGCGAUGUCGCCAGGAGAGCGAGCCGGCGACAGCUAUUUCUCGCCUACAACAGCAACGACAGAUUCACCAAUGUCAUCUCGUACCAGUGCCAGCUCCGGCAUGUACCCCUUCCCACGACAAGUGUACACACAAAAUGGCUAUUACGAAGAAGGCCAAGGGCAAAGGUUCACAGCACCUGCUAUGCCACGCCCACCUCCCAGCGCCAACUCCACGAAUGGACAUAUGUCCUCUAACGGUUACCCAGCCACGAGAGUGCCUUCUGGUCAUUCACGAUAUCCUCCUGGUGCUGCCAUGCACAGUUCUCAGCAAAUGCCGAGCCAAAGGAGCAGAUCCGCCAGUAGUCCAGACAUCCACAAUGGGCAACGAGUAGCACCAAGGGCAGGAAGUCAACCGCCGGUACCAGAGAUGCCAGUUGGUUACCAGAACAUCAACCGAAGUCAGAGCAAUUCACCUGCCCUUGCUAAUGGCCUACCGCCUAGAGUAUCGCCCCAGAUGACAAGAGAUCGACAACAUUCCGGCCAACAGGACUUGUCGCCUACCGAAUAUGCGCAACGCCCGGGAGUGGCACAUUACCACAGUUCCAGGACCGUCACCCCGGUGUCGAUGAACCACGCCAUGUCACCGCCACCGCCGAUGGUAUCUUCUGUUCCGGAAGGCGUCUCGACCGCGACGCCUGCGCAGCUCAAGGUGAAGGUGAAUUGUCCCUUGGCCGGACAAAGCUUGACGCUCGUCGUGUCCACUACCAUCUCUUACUCGCAACUGAAAGACCGAAUCGAUGCAAAAUUACAGCGAUCCACGAACUUGACCCUCGGCGACAGGUCUUCGAAAGGACCGGAUGGCCAGGAGCGAACUCAUGUCAAGCUCAAGUACCUCGACGACGACGAUUACGUUAGUAUCCAAUCCGACGAAGACGUCCAGACCGCAUUCGAAACUUGGAGGGAGCAGAAGGGCGAAGGCAUUGGCGGCAUGGGUGAGAUUGAGCUUUUCUGCCAGCGCUGA